CUGCGCAUGUCAGUUUUGGAGGGCGACAUUAAAAAGCCCGGUGCGACAGGGAUUUUAGGAGUGGCGUAUUUCAUCCACGGGCAGGCAGGAGCCGCACGAAGAGCUAACACGGCCGUUCCCUGUAAAUCAUCCCGAAGUUCAGGCUCUGCAUUUGGUGCUCUCCUUGAGCUGGUAAAUAUGGAUGACUUCAUGUCUCUGAACGAAAGCGUAGACUGCUUGUAUGAGUUCCGUGUUAAUAUCUCCCUUGACUCUGUGGAUUCCUACACGUAUAACGACGGGCAGAGUUUUUUAAUUAUUGUUCUUCUACCAAUUCUCCUGUUUCUUGGAAUCCUGGGGAAUACAGCCUUCAUUUUUGUGGUGUACCGUCAAACCGAGAUGCGGACAGUCACCAAUUGGUAUUUAACCAACUUGGCCGUAGCAGACAUUUUGUUCCUGCUCAGCGCCAUAGUGGACAAACUUUGGGCGUACUACUUGUCUCCUAUCCCAGGAGACAAUGGCCCACACGGUCACUUCGGAUGCAUCGUGCUGUAUCUCAUCGCCGAUCUAACCUACUUUGCAUCUCUUGGCUUCGUUACACUUGUGUCUUUCGAUCGUUUCUUGGCGGUCCGUCGACCACAAGCUUCGAAGGGAAGAAGGGGGAAAAGAACUCCGGUCAAGCUCUGCGCUGGUUCCUGGGUACUCAGUUUGUGUGUUGUAGCCUGUUUGAUUCCUUCCCGGGAUAUGUUCGUCAAAUACUGCCUCAUGUGGCCUGAAGAAGACAAGUACCAAGGAUUUCCUUCGCACAUGUACGUGUGCCAAUCUCGUCAGGAAUGGGUGGACUACGUCUCCAACGUCAUGCAGACGGUCCCUUUCUUCCUCGCGUUCGCUCUGAAUGUGUUCCUGUACGUUAACAUCAUUCGAGGUCUGGACCGCUCUAUACAAAACCUGGGCAGCCAUGGGAUGUCUCAAGACAAGAAUGUCACUAUGAGAAACCAAAUCGCCCGCAUGCUCGUGGUUAAUGGGGUCGUUUUCUUUUGCUGCCUGUUUCCUUUUGAGUUGAUUGCAUUGUUCAAUGUAAUCAGAGACAUCCAGAAAACCAAUUUUAUUCCCGCGGAAUGGCAGGGUCUGUUCCUUGAGAUUUCCCGCGCUCUCUCCUAUGUGAAUUCAGUGGCCAACCCUUUGAUUUACACCCUCAUGAGUCACAGGUAUAGGGCUAACUUUAAGAUGGCCUUCUCUUUUGAGCGGUGCCGCGGAAUUGUCUCCCAAAGAGGACGAAAGGAAAACGAUGCAGCUGCAGCGAACGACUCCAGAAGCGCAUCUCACAGAUGCCAGACUGCAACCCGCGUCGAAAUUUUAUGAAAACCUAAUGAACGUUAAACAUGACUUAAUUCAAACCACUCGACCAUCAGUGAUAAUGUUGCAAAAGGAUCAAGAUUUACACUGUCGUUUUAACCUCUGUAUUGACAGAAAAAUAUAAACGUACAUUGAUAUAUAUUGUCGCGUGUAAACGUUUUCGAAAGUGUUCAUAAUUGAUCUGCUAAGUGACGUCUGAGGGUACGACGAUUUUUCUUAAGGGCGGGGGCCAAAUUCUGUAAUGAUUGUGGGGUUGUAGUGCUUUAGUUUUGAAGACAAGAGACUGUGUAUUACAGAGAUGCUUCAAGACAUACUCUCUAACUCCUACUAUCUCUCCGUACAGGUAGGCCUGCCACCUGUUGACUAUUUUUGGAGUAUAGCCUGAACCUUAACGUUUGAUUUUGUGAUUGUUUGUUUCGUGGUUGGAAGUGAAAACUAGACGAAAGAGAUGCCUCACUAUUUACAAGACGGUAAUAUGUAAGUCAGCAGUGUUCUCUGUGUCCUUGAACAAUCUUGAGUAAAACGUAAUAUCAUUCCUUAUCAGCAACUCGGUACUUGCUGUGAUAGCGUUUGUCGACUGAACCACAAUCACAGACAGACAAACUAAUCUGGUGUUUGUGAUACUUUAAUUAGACAUAAAGAGAUAAUGUACGUAUUUUAUCAUUCGUCUUAUAUGGUAGAUUUGUUCCUUAAAAGCAUUUAGGAGUAGUUUAUUUCGAGAUCAAUUGCCGUUACCACAUGGACCACAUGGUGCUUGUGACAUUUAUGUGUACGGACAGGGCUGUUAGCAGGUUGAAGAAAUAGCAUCGAUGGUCAGUUAAAGCUCCAAUUCUUUAAAUCUAUAUUCUGUACUUAAGUACUUAACUUCAUGUUUGGUACUAAUACAAGCAUUCCUCAGUCACGUCGUCUUAGCAAAAAUUCUCUCUAGCCCCUGUACUUAGACGUGAUUUCGUUGCCCAUGCCACAGUUUAGCUGCCUAACCAACGGCGACCUUUGUUCUUUGCGAUUGCGCUUGACUCGCUAUCCGGUGUUUGAUGAAUGACUAGACUUAUUUGCCUAAGUGACUUGACUGUAGUACAAUUAUAAUAUUCUCUCAGGACCAAGCGACCAUCAUUACUAUACCUGGCCAUGACAGGAUGGAUUACACUAGAAAUCAAUAUCGAGACGCCAUGGGAUGGCGCUAAUAUGCGAAAUUGCCAAACCAAUAUACUAAUAAUGUCAGCAAAUAAUUCAUCUUCACCAGUUACACUCUGACGCGUAGGCUGUAAAAGACUAUUUUCAUUUUUUCUUUUCGUUACGAAGUGCUGUGUAUACGACUGUACUCACCGAUGUUUGGAAUAUAGGUUAUCAUAAUCACGGGCGGCGCUAGAGAGGUGUAGGGGUUGUGACACCCUGCAUGGAGUCAGUUAGGUCAGCAAAAUCAUGGGGAUCUCGCCAAGAAUGGAAAAGUGUUAGGUUGGGGAAUAAGAGUAAAUUCCAUGAUUGUUCCCCCAUUUGGAAUUAUCUAGCCAUGUCUGUGAUCAUGAUGACGGAAGUGGCUUGUGAACUUAAUGCAAUUAUCAAAAAGACACUAGUAAAAAAUGCUUCCGGCAGUCUGUUUUUUAAAAGAUCCCUCAACAUGGUGAGAAAUACGCAUAAGAACUUCACCAGUGCACGUUCCCACAACCAUGUAAUCGCUUGUCAUGCCUGGGACCUUAAGUACGGAAAUUAAUUGGCAUAAGAUGGCGAGGGCCCUGGACACGUUUGCCUGAUGACUGACUAACAAGAUCUGACAUGACAGAUAACAAGUGCAAACAAGCAAACGUCUACAUUUACUAGAAAUCGAUAUUUUCUUGUUAAGGCCUGGCCAUACUACAGGUGGGUGUGAAAGCAAAGCCAUUUUUGACGUCACGAAAGUUUAGCUGCAAAGUUUUGCCCCAGUUGAAACAUGUUCAACAUUUGCGAAUUGGCAGUCCGAAUAUAAUUUGACCUGGCCUGACAACUUGGCGUUUUUGUUCGCUUUCGCGCCAAGUAUGAACCCGCCAAGUAUGAGAAGUUACUGUUUCACUGCGAACUUUAUUCAAGAGAAUUUUCUCGAUAGAAUUCAUAGCUCAGCCUGAUCUUCCCCCCCCCCCAGUUUUGGGUUUUUCUGCGUGAUCGUGCCACAUAUGAUCAAUGCAUACGAUUUUUUUCUGACAUUCCCUCUAGCGUAUGGUUGAGAUAGCGUUUUGAGAUGCUAUACCUGAAAUCUGGUUUGUUUUAUAUCUCUCACUCUCUCUCCUUUUUAGGAGAGGAGGUAGGGUGGCGUCAUUUUCAUUCAAAACUGAAAUGUGAGGGAAUUGGUCUCACAAGAAAAACAGACUUUGGAAAUACACAAACAACGCUGCAAUGAAAGAUUGAAAUUGGAAAUAGUUAAACAUUCAAAAUAUUACAAGCACUUUUGCUAAUGUCAAAUCAAAUUUUCUGUGGAAGUCAGCACUUACGUUUUUUGUCAUUGCUAAUGGUUUAAAAGCUAAAAGCCUGUUUUGUUAGUUGUUCUACCAGCAAUUCAAUUUGCUAUCUGCAGACAUGUCUUGUUAAGUGUUCAGACGCAAUGCCCGGAAAACAACCAAAAGUAUGGACAAAAAGUGCACAGAAAGCCAUAACAUGGUUUGUUUAGAUGAUUUGACUUCAGGAUUCCUACAGAACGUCUUUUAAAUUUUUAAUUGUUAAGAAUGUGAAUGUUAUAAACGUGACGCGUGUAUGAUACAUAGUUUCAACAAAGACGCAUCGCUUUCAAAAGCAUUUUUCUCUAAUCUAAUCUGCUAUUCCCAGGGACCCCACAUAAGGGUUAAUUGUUUCGUCUUUUACAUGACAUGUAUAUAACAUCUCCCUUAUGGAUGUUUGAUUUUGGAAGGUCUGCCAGUGUUAUUGAGACUGUAAAUGUAUACUGUUGCAAUUCGGUGCUAAUGCAGUUUUAGCGUAGGCAUGUUGUGCUCUCUUUGUUUUACUCAAUAGAAGUGCUAUUGGUGGAGUCUGUUCAUUUUUUGUUGUGAAUUGUAUAGCAAGGCACGUCUGUAGAAGUGAUGUGUGGCCUCAGUCUGUUUAAGCAUGGUUCAAGUAUUGAUUAAACGUCUACUUGUGGAAAAGAU